UGACGUAGUACGCAGACGCUGAUGACGACAAACUCACCUUGCUUAUUGGUCAGUGUGUUCAUUCUGUUGUUAUAAGAAGCUCUCCUUGGGACUUAGGAUGUUGCGAUUGCGGUGUAAGGCUAAGAACGGGACUCAUCUGAUGCAAGGUCUGACGCACCAGUCCUGUGUUCAGGAGUUGAAAGACAAGGUGGAAGAGCUGACAGGAAUCCCAUGUGAUGUGCAGAAAAUUAUGGUGGGUUACCCACCCACAAGCUUGGAUUUCAGCAACGGAGACGCACACCUGAAAGAUUUCCCCAUAAAAUCAGGAGACACGCUCAUUGUAGAGGAAGAAAAGAACAAGCCUAAAGUCAGCAUGCCAAAAACCCCACUCUUGGACAGUCGACCUGUGCUGGAGCGUCGCACGGUGCCCGCUGAUAACUCGUGUCUGUUCACCAGUGUUAAUUACGUGGUAGAGGGAGGCGUGUAUAACGCCGCCUGUUCGUCCGACAUGCGGCAGCUGAUUGCCCACAUCGUAGCCAACGACCCCACCGCGUACAGCGAAGCCGUGCUGGGGAAAAGUAAUGAGGACUACUGUGCUUGGAUCCGCCGCAGUGACACGUGGGGUGGUGCCAUCGAGCUCUCCAUCCUGUCUAAGUUUUACCAAUGUGAGAUCUGUGUGGUCGGCACGCAAACGGUUCGCGUGGACCGAUUUGGCGAGGACGCCGGCUACACCAAGCGCGUGCUGCUCAUCUACGACGGCAUCCACUACGACCCGCUGCAGAUGCGUGUGCCCGGGACGGACUGCCCGCCGCAGACCAUCUUCUCCACGUCUGACGACGUCGUUCUGGCAGAGGCGCUGGAGCUGGCCGACGAGGCACGCCGCAAACGCCAGUACACGGACGUGAACCGCUUCGCGCUACGCUGCAUGACGUGUCAGACUGGCCUAGUGGGACAGAAGGAGGCGAGGGAACACGCCAAGGAGACGGGCCACACUAAUUUCGGCGAGGUUUAAAACUUGGCUGAUCGCAAACGUCAGACGUGUCUGUUACCACAACGCUACAUGUUCUCAUGAUUUCACAGCUGUGUCUCAGUGAAGUUCUCUACCUCACGUUAUUCUGAUCCCUCCCCCUUUAUUGCAGCUAUGGACGACACUGGGUUUUGACAUUCUUU